UGCCCAACCACGCACAACGACAAUGACAGACAAGUUCAACCGACGUCCAUUAACUCUGCACGAGCGGUUCUCGCUCACGCGACAGACGAUCGGGCACCCGACAAUCAUCACGGCGGCGCUGUCGUACCCUUCGGCGACUGCUGCCCCGUCGCCAGCAUACCUCCGGGAACGGAUCACCACGCUCCAGGCGCAUUUCCCGCUCCUGUACGCGCAGCUGCAUGACGUCGAGACGCGCGCGCCGUACUUCCUCCCGCGCGACGCGCCGUGGCAGCCCGACGCGAUCUUCGCCGAGGCGCCGCUGGCCGGGGACUCUGACGACGAGCUCGGCGCAGCGAUCAACCAGGAACUGUACCGCUUCGAACGGGCCGACCUGUGGGCCGGCCCCCUGUGGUCUGUCCGGCUGCUGCACGCCGACUCGGGCGCCGCAUACCUCGUCCUCUCGACCAUGCACACCAUCGUCGACGGGCGCGGGACGCAGCUCCUGCUGCUUGCGCUUGCUGGCCAGCCAGAGCAGCUGCCUACGGAUAGCUGGAACGACUUUACGCGCGCCGACGACACGAUCAACAUCAAGCCGUCGCUUGGGUUCUUGCUUCCCGUGGCAUGGCGCGAGCUCGUGUUCCCCAAGCUGCCUUGGAUGGUGCAGUCGGUCCUCUCGUACACUCCCUUGCGGGGGACGAGCCCCGUCUGGCCGCUGGUCGAGGAGGCGGCCGACGCGCCCAAGAAUCCGUCGCCGAUCGACUGCCAGAGCGAGACCCGCUUCGUGUCUCUCGAGCCCGCGCUGCUCGACGCGCUGAAAGAAAGGGGCAAGGCCGAGGGCGUGUCCACGCUGCACCCGCUGCUCGAGGCGGCCGUCUUCGCAGCCAUGUGGGCCGUCCUCGCGCCCACAGACGCGACCGAGACCUUCUGGGUCGAGGUGUCGACGCCGCGGAGUGAACGCAGCGAGGCGCUAGGCCACGCCUACUGCAUGGGCAACUAUGUGUCCUCGCAGCCGUUCACGUCUGGCCUCAAGCCGCAAGACAAGUACUGGGACCUUGCGCGCGCGGUGAGCGCGUUCAACAAGUCGGAGAGCGGCAUCGCGUCGGGCCGCAUGCAGAUGGGGCUCCUGCUGCACGUGCCCGACCCCGAGCCGGCGCCGACGGCCGAGCACCCCGAGCGCAAAAUCACGGGCUGGGAGACGUUCUUCACGACCAAGGCGCGCGGCGCGAACCCGUACACGUCGAGCGCGUGCCUCUCCAACCUGGGCUUCACGAAGCUGCCCCCCGGCGCCGAGAGCGUCGCGUGGGCCCAGACGGCCGACGCGCUCAGCUCGGCACUGAGCAUGAGCGCUAUUGGGAGUGCGGGCGGCCUGCGCAUCGCGACGUCGUGGAAGGCCGGCGCGAUCGUAGAGGAGAAGACGCUCCUCAGGCUACAUGAGGUCUUUGAGGGCGUCCUCCGCCGCGUCGUCGACGCCGGCACUGAAGCGCUCACUCUGCAGCAGGCGACUGCGGCAAAGUAGUGCGUAAGCGGCGCACAUGGAUGUCAUUUGCAUACUUCGUUCUAG